UCUACCUACAUAAGAAUGUCUACUCCAUCAUUAGACGCAGCCGAUGUAUAUUUCAACCUCCUGUCCCCGCUACUCGAAAACCCAAUCGAUCGAGUAAGAGCUCCUCGAGGAUUCUUAUCAACGUAUCGCAACGCAAAAUCUGCGCCUCCUGAAUCUACGCCUCGGAUAUUUCUCGACAAGGGUAUACUAGUGCUUUUCGCAUUACACCUCGGGCGCGUGUCAGACAAAUACAAAAAAAGGCUGAGCAAAUUCGACGAACAAUCUGCCCAAGAAAGGGAGGCAGUUGCCAGCAAACUGCAAGGGAUCAUUCCCGAUGAAUCAGUAUCGCGAUUCGUCAAGUCUUUACAGAACCUGCGUUCCUAUCGAAAGCCUAGGACAGUACAUUUAGAACUGAAAGGGCCGCAAGAGAAGUCAUGUACAGCCCUCGAGCCAAUGGAAACCGGUCCUGCAGCAACAUUGACGUUGCUGUCGCCGUCGCCGUCGCCGUCGCGCUCGUUGGCUCCGUUACCUUCUACGGGCGCCAAUUCGAUCUUGCCUCCCCCCAUCACGGGACCCGUGGGCAAACAACCGACGUUUCUGGCACAAUGGCCGAUUCCAGCUUCCACCGAUGUUCUUGAAAUUCAUAGCUGGAGAACGACGGAUGCUAUAAACGCUAUACUCCCGAACCAUUCACCAGAAGCAGCGGCGAAGACGAAACCAGUGUAUUCGGAUAACAGAAACGAUUACUAUCACGUUGCACUGGCAUUUUUCCCGGUAACCUCCCUCGUCGAAGCAAUACAGCGAUCCAAACAAUGGAAGGAAGAGUCAACAGAACAGGAAGAACGGGAAGAACAGGAAGAAAGUUAUAUGAAGAUAAGGACCAGAUGUCUCACUAUAGGGCUUCGAAAAAUGCACUCGGAAAUAUGCACCAUCUAUGCUAUUGUAGAUAGUCUCUAUAACUACUCGCAGACUACUUUAUAG